GCAGUGCAUUGUGGGUAAAACGUCAGUCCGCCGCCAUAUCUGUCUUUCCGUACCGGUUGAAGGAGAGAGUCUGGAGUCAUGAGAGGAAUCCGGUCUCUGAACCAUCUCCCGAAACGUUGCUAUGCGGCUGCCAGGAGGAGCGACGCUCUGACUGAACCCCUCGCUGUCCACGCAGCGUCCUCACCUGCACCUCUCCCUCCCCAAAAUGUCCAGGUGUCAAAACUUCCAAACGGUCUGGUGAUCGCAUCGCUGGAGAACAACUCCCCUCUGUCCAGCGUUGGUGUGUUUGUGAAAGCCGGUAGUCGCUAUGAGACUGUGGAAAAUCAGGGCGUCUCUCAUGUUCUACGACUGGCAGCCAACCUGACUACUAAGGGGGCAUCUGCCUUCAAGAUCUGUCGCGGUGUAGAAGCACUGGGGGGCAGCCUGAGUGUGACAUCAUCAAGGGAGACCACCGUCUACACUGCAGACUGCUUGAGAGAUCACCUAGAUUUAUUAUUUGAGUUUUUGGUCAACGUGACCGCAGCUCAGGAAUUCCGGCCAUGGGAGGUGGAAGAUCUGACCUCCAGGGUGAAGGUCGACAAGGCUCUGGCUCAGCAGUGUCCUCAGAUAGGUGUAAUUGAGAAGUUGCACGAAGCCGCGUACAAAAACGCCCUCUCCAACUCUCUGUACUGCCCAGACUACAUGGUCGGUCAGGUCUCCUGUACACAGCUGCAGACAUUUGUUGAGGACAAUUUCACCACUGGCAGAAUGGCUCUUGUAGGACUAGGUGUGAAGCACUCCGUCUUGAAGCAGAUGGGUGAGGGGCUCCUGAGCGUCCGCAGUGCGUCUGGUGCGCCUGCUGCUAAGGCUGCGUACCGUGGAGGUGAGCUGCGUGUGCAGAGCAAUGACGAACUGGUGCACGCACUGAUCACCACUGAGGGUGGAGUGACAGGCAGCGCGGAGGCUAAUGCCUUCAGCGUGCUGCAAAGGGUCCUGGGAGCUGGGCCGCAUGUAAAGAGGGGCUCCAACAUCACCAGCAAACUGAGCCAGGGUAUCGCCAAAGCUACCACACAGCCCUUUGAUGCCACGGCCUUCAACGCCUCGUACUCUGACUCUGGCUUGUUCGGCGUCUACACCAUUGCACAAGCUGGCUCUGCAGGAGAGGUGAUCAGAGCUGCCGUUGCUCAAGUGAGAGGUGUGGCUGAGGGAAACGUAUCAGAGGCAGACAUCACCAGAGCAAAGAACCAGGUGAAAUCCGAGUACCUGAUGUCCAUAGAGAGCUCUGACGGUCUGUUGGAGGAGAUCGGAGCUCAGGCUCUGACCACCGCGGCGUACCAGCUCCCUGAUGCUGUUCUCCAGGCCAUAGAUGCUGUCACCCAUGACGAUGUGGUCACGGCUGCAAAGUCAUUCGUGGAUGGCAAGAAGACCAUGGCAGCUAGUGGACACCUGGUGAAUACACCGUUUGUGGAUGAAGUAUGAAGAUAAAAUCUAAGAAUGGUUGAUUUUUAACUCGGGCAUGCUUUGCCUAGCUGCUUCAAAAGGAAAGAGGACCUCAAAGGCACAGCCUCCUAAAGCAAUUCAUUUGAUGUCACUAAUCAUUUGUGGUCUGUCCUGUAAGCACCAACAGAGAGCCAGGGAAUCAUAAUGCAAUGCAAUUUUUUUUUUUUGUCAAUUUAACUGUAUAUCUAUGUAAAUUAAAGACGGUGAUAACCGCUGUAUGCUGCUUGGAUUUGUAUAUUGGAAUGGAUCCAGAUUCACUAAAGGUUUUCUUUGCUGUAUCAAGAGUGUGAGGAUCCUCUGGUGGUUUAAAAAGCUGUUCGGGCAGCAGCUAUUUUUAGCACUUCAGAGAUGUUGUUUCACUCAUUAACCAGUAGGGGGACCCAAAAACACAAACAUGCAUGAUUGAAAGUUGCCAAUGUCAAACAUUUUACUGUUUUUGCUUGUGCAGUUGUGGAAUAAGUAUUGAUGAGUACAAUUUACUUUAGUAAAAGAAGCAACCCCAGCUAAAUGUAUCCAAACAAUCAAAAUAAAAUGCUUUACUCAUAACAAUGUAUUAUGCUUUAUAAGAUUUAUAAGAAAGUACAACAUUUAGAACUAGUAUAAAAUGGAAAGAAAAAUACCUCAGAGUAUUACACACAGUACUUUAUUAAGGUGUACCCUUAAAAUAACAUUAAGCUCAUAGCAUAAAUUAAUGUCCAUAUUCAAGUACUGUGAUAGAAUAAUACAACCAUUUU